AUGUCUUUCGACGGUCAUACUGGACCGCAAUUCGCUGUAUCCGAUCGACUUAAUGAAAGCGGUGAAAGGACUUCGGAGACGACACAGCAAGUCGAUAUCCAUAGUCUCUCGCGAUCGGCACGCACAGAUACACCUGCGCAGUCGCCAACUCCGACGCAGCAGUCAGAGCAUUUUGAUUAUAUCCACCGCUUCCAAAAACGCGGGUCGUCAGCCCACCACAUCUGCGCAGUGGCCAGCGAGAACUUCAAUGUCAGAGUCGCCCCAACAUCCUUUCAAUCAGCGACAUACGGACGAAAGCCCUUCCCUACUUACUCGUGA